ACUGGAGGAUGCUGGAGUUGCUGAGGCGCAUCAAGUUCAUGAGUCGAAGGACGAGCAACGUGCAAUACAACUGCUACGAGAGACAACACGACGCACAGCAGAUGGAUCGAAAUUCGAAACCGGUCUGCUAUGGAGUACUGAUGAACCAAACUUUCCAGACAGUUACCCCAUGGCCGUCCGUCGUCUGGAGUCUCUAGAACGUCGUCUUCAACGAGAUCCAGAACUGAAGGAGCGCGUACAUGAACAGAUCUUGGAUUACGAAAGCAAAGGAUAUGCACAUCGAGCGAGCUUGGCCGAAUUGACUUCUGUUGAGGCUAACCGUGUGUGGUAUCUUCCUCUAGGCGUCGUGACAAACCCUCGGAAGCCCGGUAAAGUACGCCUAAUCUGGGAUGCGGCAGCUAAAGUGGGUGGAGUCUCAUUCAACUCCCGACUCCUGAAGGGACCUGACCUACUGGCGCCACUUGCAAUGGUCUUAUGUCAGUUCCGCCAAUACCCUGUGGCUGUAAGUGGUGACGUCAUGGAAAUGUUCCACCAGAUUAAAAUUCGUUCUCCUGAUUGUCAAUCACAACGCUUCAUAUUCCGAAAUCGACCAGUAGAUCAACCUCAAGUUUACGUCAUGGACGUAGCCACAUUUGGAUCAUCCUGCUCCCCGGCGUCAGCGCAGUACGUCAAAAAUUUCAACGCAGAUGAGUUCGCCAGUGAGUAUCCGAGAGCCGCAGUAGCCAUCAAGAACAAACAUUAUGUUGAUGACUACUUGGACAGCUUCGAGACCACCGACGAAGCGAUUGCGGUGGCGAAUGAAGUGAAACUUGUACACUCCAGAGGAGGUUUCACUCUUCGCAGCUUCUUAUCCAACGAACCUGAAGUUCUGCAAGGAAUAGGAGAAACAAUUACGGAGAAAGAACCCAAAAACCUACAUUUGGAACGUGAUGGGAAAUGCGAGUCGGUGCUAGGGAUGAAGUGGAUUCCGCAUGAUGACGUGUUCAUCUACGCCUUCGGUACGCGAGAGGAUCUACGGCACAUUUUGGAAAAUGGUCACAUCCCAACCAAACGCGAGGUAGCCAGAGUGGUCAUGAGCCUAUUUGAUCCGCUAGGUCUCAUCGCUUUCCUACUCAUUCACGGCAAAAUAUUUAUCCAAGAAUUAUGGGCAGCAGGGAUAGAGUGGGACCAAGAAUUCCCACACGAUCUCAACGAACGCUGGCGACAAUGGGUGGCUUUACUCCAACAAUUAGACUCACUCCGCAUACCACGAUGCUACUUCCGCUCAACGAAGGACUACUCUCAUUUACAAAUCCACCUAUUCGUGGAUGCAAGCGAAUCCGCAUAUUCUUGCGUGGUAUACUUUCGCUUGGAAAACGAAGACACAACACAGGUGAAACUCGUCGGUGCCAAAACAAAAGUAGCACCGCUGAAGACGCUCUCCAUACCUCGACUCGAACUAAAGGCAGCAGUUUUGGGCGCUCGAUUUAUGGAAACUGUUCAAAAACAGCACACGUACACAGUAAGUCGACGGUUCUGCUGGAGUGAUGCCAGUACCGUUCUAGCGUGGGUACGCUCCACCGAUCAUCGGCGCUACCACAAAUUCGUAGCCGUUCGAAUAGGAGAGAUUCUCUCUUCUACGCAACAGUCAGAAUGGCGGUGGGUGCCAUCCAAGCAAAACAUUGCGGAUUUUGCCACCAAGUGGAGGAAUGGUAUGCCUGUGACAAUCGACAACCCCUGGUUCUAGGGACCGGCCUUCCUCUACGAACCAGAAGAACGUUGGCCUAAGCAGCGAACAAUCGUCCCAACAGAAGAAGAGCUUCGGCCAACUCGUUUCCACGCCACCCACUUCGCUCCGAACAUGGUAUUCGAGAGGUUCAAUAGAUGGACCAAAAUGCAUAGAGUAGCCGCAUAUGUUUUCCGAGGCAUCGAAAAUUUUCGCAGGUGUCGAUCGAAGGAUAAACUUGAACUCGGAAACCUUACCAGCGAAGAACUUCGACGGGCCGAGGAAGAACUGCUGAAAACCGCUCAAACCGUGUAUUACACGGACGAAAUCAACAACCUCGUCAAGACUCAAGGGUCACCAGAGAAUCACCACGUCACCGUAGACAAAUCCAGCCCUAUCUACACCAAGUGUCCAUUCCUGGAUGAGAACGGCGUUCUGCGUAGCCGUGGUCGAAUUGGUGCUGCACCGUAUGCACCGACCGAAGCUAAGUUUCCGAUCAUUCUUCCCAACCAACAUUUAAUAACUUUCCUAAUUGUAGACUGGUAUCAUCGCCGCUUCCGUCAUGCCAACCGAGAGACCAUCUUCAAUGAAAUCCGCCAGCGCUUCGAAAUACCUGCCCUAAGACGACUGUUGGAUAAAGUUGAACGCUCAUGUACUUUCUGCAGGGUAACCAAGGCGAUGCCAAGAUCUCCAGCGAUGGCUCCGCUUCCCGAGAUGCGUCUGACAGCAUUCACUCAACCCUUUACGUUCACCGGGUUGGACUAUUUCGGUCCGAUGCUUGUGAAGGUUGGCAGGAGCAACGUAAAACGCUGGGUGGCUCUCUUCACAUGCCUGACGAUUAGAGCGAUACAUAUGGAGAUUGUGCACUCGCUAAGCACCGAAUCUUGUAUUAUGGCAGUACAACGCUUCGUCGCACGCAGAGGCCUUCCCAGAGAAUUUUGGACUGAUAAUGCCACCUGCUUCCAAGGUACCAGCAAUGAACUGAAAGCACAUAGGGAAGCAAGUAACAAAGCUCUAUCUGAGAAGUUCACUACAACAAGCACCACCUGGAAGUUCAUCCCCCCAGCUGCUCCACACAUGGGUGGAGCGUGGGAGAGACUCGUUCGAUCGGUGAAGGUGGCGAUAGGAUCAGUUUUGAACGUCCUGCGGAAGCCAGAUGAUGAGACAUUCGAGACGAUCAUCUUGGAGGCAGAAGGAAUGAUAAACUCCAGACCACUUACUUUCAUUCCGUUGGAAUCCGCGGAUCAGGAGGCCCUGACUCCCAACCAUUUUUUGUUGGGAAAUUCUUCUGGGACAAAGUUCCUGCCUACUGAACAGAUGGACAACCGAUGCACACUACGAAGCAGCUGGAAAUUGGCCAGAUACAUCACGGAUGAACUCUGGCGCAGAUGGCUCAAGGAAUAUCUCCCGAUGAUCACACGGAGAUGCAAGUGGUUCGAGGACGUGAAGAAUCUAGAGACCGGUGACUUAGUACUGGUAGUUGACGGGGCGGCGAGGAACCAGUGGAUACGAGGAAGAAUUGAGCGAGUUUUCCCAGGACGAGACGGUAGAGUGCGGCAAGCGCUGGUGCGGACAUCGUCGGGGGUCUUACGCAGACCAGUAGUGAAAUUAGCUGUUUUGGACGUCGAGUUGAACAGUAAACCUGCUGCCGAUGCUCCUAGAGUUGUGGCCUCUCACCGAGGUUUACGGGCGGGAGUAUGUUACGACGAGACCCCUCAUCGCAGCAACGCUUCACGCUACGACGUGGCGUCAGCUGUCAACAAGUGACAUGGCGAUAGAAGAAUGGCAUGUAACGCUACUGGGUCAUAAAAGGAUGGAACAAAAGAAUUAUUAAAAAAUGAUCAGAAGGCUUUGAGUGUACCAGUACGACAUUUAUUCUUAUUCUAAUUAUUUAUAUAUUUUCCUAAGUUCCUAAAUCUAAAACUUAUUCUACCGUGCAAUUAUAAAACCUAAAUAUAGAACUAGUUAUUAAACUAGCAUUGUAGUCAGCGCAGUUAAAAGGGUAAUUUAAGCCAUACCACUUCCAGAAGUUUCUUACACCAAAUUUGUAAGUUUAGGGGAACAAAAUAAUGUUAUGGCUAUGCUAAAAUAAAUAAUUAUUUGCAGCUUAAAGCUCACAUACUAAAAACGUGGUGCUCAAUUAGAG